CCAGGCCCCUCCUCCAUUGUUAAUCCCCCUGUUUGCUGCCGGGCGGGAGAGCGGUCUGAGGAGACCAGAAGAAGAGGGGGGCGCACAGUCCCACCACCGCCGCCACCACCACCAGCAGCAGCAGCACUGCCUGAGGCGGGCAGCAGCGAGGCUGGCCGCCCGGUUCCCCUCACACGCGCCGUCCCGCCCGCCUCGCUUCCUCUUCCCCUCAGCGGCGGCGGCGGCGGCGGCAGCAGGCCUGUGACUCCUCCGAGCCCGGCCCGGCGCGGCCGCUGCCCUCCUGCAUGUCUUUACUGCCCUCAGCCCCGCCGCCUGAGCAGCCGCCUCAGCCCCCUCGACGGACGCCCCGCGGGCUGGAUGCAGACUAACAGGGAUGCCAAAGGAAAAAUAUGAUCCUCCAGAUCCUCGCAGAAUUUACACCAUCAUGUCAGCUGAGGAGGUAGCCAAUGGGAAGAAGUCCCAUUGGGCAGAGUUGGAAAUCUCGGGUAGAGUGCGGAGCUUAAGUACAUCACUUUGGUCGCUAACGCACUUGACUGCUCUACACCUCAAUGACAACUAUCUGACUCGCAUUCCACCUGAUAUUGCCAAGCUUCAUAAUCUGGUUUACCUGGAUCUAUCGUCCAACAAACUCAGAAGUUUACCAGCAGAACUAGGAAACAUGGUAUCUCUCAGGGAAUUGCUUUUAAACAACAAUUUGUUACGAGUUUUGCCUUAUGAACUUGGUCGGCUCUUCCAGCUGCAAACACUAGGUUUGAAAGGCAAUCCUUUAUCACAAGAUAUUCUCAGCCUGUACCAGGACCCAGAUGGGACACGGAAACUAUUGAACUACAUGCUUGACAAUCUAGCAGUUCAUCCAGAGCAGCUGCCUCCAAGGCCAUGGAUUACAUUAAAAGAACGAGACCAAAUUCUGCCCUCAGCUUCGUUUACCGUCAUGUGUUACAACGUGUUGUGUGAUAAAUAUGCCACCCGACAGCUCUAUGGCUACUGCCCGUCCUGGGCGUUAAACUGGGAGUACAGGAAAAAGGGAAUCAUGGAAGAAAUUGUUAACUGGGAUGCAGAUAUCAUUAGCCUUCAGGAAGUAGAAACUGAGCAAUACUUCACCCUCUUUCUGCCAGCAUUAAAAGAGCGUGGAUACGAUGGAUUUUUCUCUCCAAAGUCACGUGCCAAAAUCAUGUCCGAGCAGGAGCGGAAGCAUGUGGACGGUUGUGCAGUAUUCUUCAAAACAGAAAAGUUCACGGUGGUGCAGAAGCACACGGUUGAGUUCAACCAAGUGGCAAUGGCGAACUCGGAAGGCUCAGAAGCUAUGUUGAACAGAGUAAUGACGAAGGACAACAUCGGAGUCGCUGUAGUGUUAGAGGUGCACAAAGAACUGUUUGGAGUCGGUAUGAAGCCGCUUCAUACAGUGGACAACCAGCUGCUUAUUAUAGCAAAUGCCCAUAUGCAUUGGGACCCUGAAUAUUCAGAUGUGAAACUUGUCCAGACCAUGAUGUUUGUCUCUGAAUUGAAAAGUAUCCUUGAGAAAGCCUCCGGCAGGCCUGGAAGCCCAACAGCAGAUUUGAACUCCAUCCCUCUGGUGCUGUGUGCGGAUCUGAACUCACUGCCUGAUUCAGGCGUUGUGGAAUACCUAAGCAACGGAAUAGUAGCUGACAACCACAAAGACUUCAAGGAGUUGCGAUACAACGAAUGUCUCAUGAACUUCAGCGGUAACGGGAAGAACGGGGCUCCGGAAGGGAGGAUCACGCACGGUUUCCAGCUCAAGAGCGCCUAUGAAAACAACUUGAUGCCUUAUACAAAUUACACCUUUGAUUUCAAAGGUGUGAUUGACUACAUUUUUUAUUCCAAUAAUCACAUGAACGUGCUCGGCGUCCUGGGCCCUCUGGAUACGCAGUGGCUGGUGGACAACAACAUCAGCGGGUGCCCCCACCCCCACAUCCCUUCCGACCACUUCUCACUGUUGACACAGCUUGAGCUCCACCCUCCCUUCCUGCCUCCGGUCAACGGCAUCCACUUGCCUACCAGGAGGUAGUGGAGCCCUGCCCCCCCUUUGGAGGGCCGGGACCUGUUUGUCUGUUUUAUGGACCUGUACAGUUGUAAAUCAAAGUAUGUAGGAGUGAAGUAUGGCAAAUAUUUUAAAAAAGCUGCUGCUUCGAGCUCCUUUUCAUUAUGUGUUUUGAUGAUACGACUUUUGCACAUUUUUGGGGGUGCAUAUUGGUACCAUUUGGCACUAGGGCUGGAACCAAAGUUGUUGUUUGUUCCCUUUCCGGGUUUUUUGUUUUUAAGAGAUUCCCUCUGUCUAUAUAUAUAUAUCUAUAUCUAUAUAUUUUAAACUGGCAGGCUUUAUUUGUUUCCUUGGGAAAGCUGCCUUUAUAAAUGGACAAAUCAGCCGGGAAGAUUUGCAGAUACAUAUACAUCCACAGCUAAUGCUUUUUUUCCCCUUCCCCCCUGGACAAGUUAUCCCUUUCUCUCCCAAGCUGCCCUUUUUGUUUUUGAUCUUCUUCUUUUUUUUUAAAGAUGCAUCCAGAGAUAGUUUAGAUACAAUUGAUGUAUGGGUCUUUCCGGGAAAGGUUUAUAAUAGGAAAUGCUGUCAUCGGAGCACUUAAUAAUGUAUGAAGACCAUAGAGCGUGCUGUCUCCCCACCACCAAAAUGUUAGAUUAAUUUAGGAAGCCAAAGGUGGACAUUAGACCUAGACGUUACUUUGCCGUAGGAGAGGGGGAAAUGUGCCGCUCCCUACAGAGAAUUUGCCUGUGGCUCUCAUCUAGGGCCAAUCUAUCAGUCUCUGCUGCUCUAUGGAAGCGCCAUCCUGUACGGCCCCCGUCAAAAUAAAUUGGCACUUGUACAAAGCAGGAGAGCUUCUGCACCCAUGAGCCUGCGAUAUCGUGAACUGUGUAUGUUGCCGAUUCACUUUGUUCAUAGUAGAGGUUGCUGUAGCUGAUGGGGGGGGGGUGUCCUUUGUCUGGCCCGGUCCCCCCACCUCACCCCAAAAACAGCACGGUAGCAAUAUCACUUAUUAAAACUUUUGGAAAAUGUUUGCAUUAUUUUUAUUUUAAGGAAUUGGACUGGUUUUUGAGAGGCCUAGCAGGAAAAGAAAUUGAAUCUGAUGGGAACCCCCCCCCCUCCCCAAAGGAAAGAAGCUGCAUAGCAGGAUAGGAGAGAAAAGUUUUUAAAUUGUAAACAACGGGGAGGGGGGAGUGCUGGAAUACCAUACUUAAAAUCAGCGGCCAGAAUCAGAAUCCUCACAUGUUGGGAGUCCACAAUCUGCAGGUCCCCUCUUUUACUUUUAAAUCACAGUGCCUCCCCUUUCCUCCCCCUCCCCCCCACCUUUUGCAAUUGUUCAGCCCGGAGGGGAGGAGACAGACGCCGGAAGCCACUUGGCUUCUGGCCCCCUCCAUGCCUGAGAACUGGCUUUUUUCUGUGUGCAUCACCCCCGCCCCACCAUGUGCAAGUGAGUAAGCGGUAGCCAUAACUAUUCCUCAGAUUUCUUUUUCCGGACCCUAGUCCCUAGUCGCCAAAUAAACCAUCUCAUGCUUUUAAAGAUCUUUUUUUAACGUUUUUGUUUUCUGUUUUCUAUUGAGGUUGGUUUUUGAUUAUUAUUUUUUUAAGCUGCUGGUUCAUUCCCAACUAUUAAUUUUCUCUUUAAGUUGGAGGUCUUUAUUUUCCGUGCUGCAGGUGGCCAUUUCAAAAGCAUUGUGCCUCGUGAGAGAGAGAGGGGGAGAGCAGAAAAUCAUAAUGCCAUCUUUUUUUUGGUGGGGGGUGGGGAAGGCUGUGACUGCAGAUCAGCAACCUCCGUUCGUUUCAGUGGGACUGGGGGGGGGAGUGUCCCUGACCGCCCACUCAGAGGGACGGGGCUGCUGAGCUUGGAGGCCUUUGGUGGGGCAAACCCCUUGCUUUGCACUCGAAACAGCAAAAGAAAAGGCACAGUAACCCAAGGUUGUGUCUGUUAAGUUUUUCCUGUAUUCUGCUUCUUUGCUGCUAUAUUGAGAGACCUUGAGCUUAUAUUUUAAACUUUUCAUGCACUUUACUGUUUCUAGUCUCAAAAAAGGUGAUAUUUUUAAUAAACGAGAGAAUUUUUUUCCAUUAUGUGAAUGAAAUUUUUUUAAAGAUGCCUAUAUUUGUCUCAUUUCAUAACCCUUUAAAAAAAAGGAAAAAGCGAAACGGUUUGAAUUACUUUUAAAAUAACUUCGGCACCAAUCGUCUUGUUGUGUAAAAAUGUGUUCCGUAAAGCCAUUCUUUUUCUUCCCCGGCUUGCUAGCUAUAUGUAAAACGAUCAAGGGAAUUUAAUCAGGCGAUAGUAAGAAAGACUCCCUCUUUAUUGGGUGUGGGGG